CUGCUCUGGCUUCAGCGGAGCCGUGCCACCGUGGGAGUGUCCAGGGUCCUGACGUAGCCCUGUGAUGUGGCCAGCUCCCUGGCCUGCUGCCUGCACAGUGGGCCCUUGUCUCUGCUCUGGGUCAGGCGAGGCAGCCACCCAUGAUGAGCUCUGCAGCCUUCCCGAGGUGGCCGAGCAUGGGGGCCCCUCGUACCCCUUCACGGACAGUGCUCUUCGAGCGGGAGAGGACGGGCCUGACCUACCGCGUGCCCUCGCUGCUCCCUGUGCCCCCCGGGCCCACCCUGCUGGCCUUUGUGGAGCAGCGGCUCAGCCCUGACGACUCCCACGCCCACCGCCUGGUGCUGAGGAGGGGCACGCUGGCCGGGGGCUCUGUGCGGUGGGGCGCGCUGCACGUGCUGGGGACGGCGGCCCUGGCGGAGCACCGGUCCAUGAACCCCUGCCCUGUGCACGAUGCUGGCACGGGCACCGUCUUCCUCUUCUUCAUUGCGGUGCUGGGCCACACGCCUGAGGCCGUGCAGAUCGCCACGGGAAGGAACGCCGCGCGCCUCUGCUGUGUGGCCAGCCGUGACGCCGGCCUCUCGUGGGGCAGCGCCCGGGACCUCACCGAGGAGGCCAUCGGUGGUGCCGUGCAGGACUGGGCCACGUUCGCCGUGGGUCCCGGCCACGGCGUGCAGCUGCCCUCAGGCCGCCUGCUGGUGCCCGCCUACACCUACCGUGUGGACCGCCGAGAGUGUUUUGGCAAGAUCUGCCGGACCAGCCCCCACUCCUUCGCCUUCUACAGCGAUGACCACGGCCGCACCUGGCGCUGUGGAGGCCUCGUGCCCAACCUGCGCUCAGGCGAGUGCCAGCUGGCGGCGGUGGACAGUGGGCAGGCCGGCAGCUUCCUCUACUGCAACGCCCGGAGCUCCCUGGGCAGCCGCGUGCAGGCGCUCAGCACUGACGAGGGCACCUCCUUCCUGCCCGCAGAGCGCGUGGCUUCCCUGCCCGAGACUGCCUGGGGCUGCCAAGGCAGCAUCGUGGGCUUCCCAGCCCCCGCCCCCAGCAGGCCACAGGAUGACGGUUGGUCAGUGGGCCCCGGGAGUCCCCUCCACCCUCCACUCCUCGGUCCCGGAGUCCAUGAACCCCCAGAGGAGGCUGCUGGAGGCCAGGUGCCUGGUGGGCCCUUCAGCCGUCUGCAGCCUCGGGGGGAUGGCACCAGGCCUGGGGUCAGUGGGGACGUGGGGUCCUGGACCCUGGCACUCCCCAUGCCCUUUGCUGACCUACCCCAGAGCCCCACGUGGCUGCUGUACUCCCACCCGGUGGGGCGCAGGGCUCGGCUACACAUGGGUAUCCGCCUGAGCCAGUCCCCGCUGGACCCGCACAGCUGGACAGAGCCCUGGGUGAUCUACGAGGGCCCCAGCGGCUACUCUGACCUGGCGUCCAUUGGGCCAGCCCCUGGGGGGGGCCUGGUUUUCGCCUGCCUGUACGAGAGCGGGGCCAGGACCUCCUAUGAUGAAAUUUCCUUUUGUACAUUCUCCCUACGUGACGUCCUGGAGAACGUGCCCGCCAGCCCCGAGCUGCCCAACCUUGGGGACAAGCCCCGGGGGUGCUGCUGGCCCUCCUGACAGGCCUUCUGGCCGUGCCCAUGCCCCUUGGGUGCCCGGGGCAGAGGGCUGGAAUACGCUGGGGUGCCCCAGGAUGGAUGUGGGGGGCUCUUAGUGCGGGGUCCUGUGGAUUAGAAACAAGUUGCUCCCCAGAGCUCUCAAGCAGCGGCUGCGAGUGAGCAGGGCAGGGUGGGGGCAGGGUGGGGGCACGAAGUGGGACCGGGGCGACCCCCCACAGCUCCCUUCCGAGGCUGCAGGGCCAGGCGCGGGACCGCAGGUAGCCCAGGGUGUUGUGGGUGGCAGCACUUCUUACUGGCUGCUUUCUGGCUUGAAAUAAAGGAAUCGUGCUUGUGUCGGGGUA